AUGAUUGAGGAAGAACCAUUUUUAGCAGAAAAAUGGAAAAUUCAGGCCAUUGAUCCUCCAGGGAAUUCCAUUUGCUUUACAGAUGGCAAUCAGGAAUUAUUUCCCUGUGAAGUCUGUGGAAGACGCUUUGCAGCAGAUGUUCUGGAAAGGCAUGGACCAAUAUGUACAAAACUCUUCAACAAAAAGCGAAAACCUUUCGAUUCCUUAAAGCAAAGAUUACAGGGCACUGACAUUCCCCUUGUUGGGAAGGCUCCUAACUCCAAGCCUCAGCCUGUGAGAAAAUCUAACUGGAGACAGCAACACGAAGACUUCAUCAACGCGAUUCGAUCAGCAAAGCUGUGCACACUAGCCAUUAAAGAAGGCCGGCCCCUCCCACCUCCACCCCCGCCCUCCAUCAACCCAGAUUAUAUUCAAUGUCCGUACUGUAUGAGGAGGUUUAAUGAAACCGCAGCCAAUAGACAUAUUAAUUUCUGCAAGGAUCAGACUUCUCGCCGAGUCUUCAAUCCAGCCCAGACCGCAGCCAAAUUGGCAUCCAGAGCACAGGGUAGGGCUCAGAUGAGUCUCAAAAAAGAACCGACUGUAACCAGUGCCGUGGGAGCGCUGCUCCAGAACAGGGCCCUGGAGGCCAGUGUGGUCCCAAGCAGGCCAGGAUUAGCAGUGGACCCUGCUUCUGGAGCAAAACUCAGACAAGGAUUUACUAAAUCUUCUAAAAAAGAUUAACUCCUAGAGGCCAGGUAAGGAAAAAGAAAUGCACCUCUAAUCCAGGUGUUGCUCAUCAUCUAAUGAGCAUGUAAGAGAAUGAAUCCAUAGCAGGCCAGUCGAAGAAGAAUCGGGGCAAACCCUGGUUUGGGCUACUAAAAUGCACACUCUUGAAACUUACCCUUUUGUUAAACAUAUGGUUUGAAAUGAUAUUCAGUUUUUGUCUCUUGGAUCUAACAGGAAAGAGAAAUGAUUCUUCAUUUUGACCUGGAAGGCUACUGCUCUGUCCCUUUUCCCAAAGAAGGACAGUUCCCUAAGAUUGACAUUGAACAGGAUUGCUAUGAAAUUGGAGACUUAUUUGAUACUGUGAAUUAUUUGUUAUAACAAUUAAAAAUUUAAAGAGACGUAUAUUAUUUAACGUUCUCAAUGUGGAAACAGUGAAGUUCUAAAGUAAAUGACUUUUCUUUCUGCUUUCAGGCCAGCUCCCUGAAGGUCACCAGGCUGGAUGGCUGUGUACCCAGGAAUGCCACCUAAGGGGAAGAAACAGGAGGUGUCUGUUUACAUGCCCAUGAUUUUUCUAGAGACAUCAUGUAGAACAAGUAAAAACUGGCUUCAAAUUUUCUUAUCUACUGUAUUCAAAAUUCAAAAAAAAUCCUUAAACAACACAUCAAACUGUAACGAUAGUGCUUGAUUUAAAGAUUCACUUGAAGCUUUUUAAAAAGUGGACAUUUAAUGGGCUUUUUAAGAAAAUGUUCUUUUGAUAUUAGAACCAUUAGUGAAACAGUCUUUGGAAUACUAGAAUUCUUACUUACUAGGAAAAUCAUUUUUUACUUAGCUUUAUUCUACGUAAUAGCUGUGAAAUCUCAGCUUUGAUAUUUGCUUCUAAUAAACAUUAAACUGUAGUUAGUAACUACUCCUAUUUUAAAUGUCCAUCUGUGUACCAUGGACAAUUGUCUCACAUACACCAGUGCACACAGUUGGCUUUGGGGGAGACAUUGCAGUGGAGGGAACAGGUUAUAGUAACCUUCCCACCCUGUGGAAAGGAUGCUUUUAGAGGCCUCGGGCCAUUUAUUAUGGCUAAAUCAGCAGUCAACUAAUGGUUCAUUUCACCACUGGUUUAUGUACCUCUGUUGGGAGGUGGUGUCUCAACCUUUUUUUUCUAUUGGUUAUCUUAUAAACUCUUUUUGUAGAGUCAUUGAGACUUACAGCUUUUUAAUCUAAUAAUUUCUAUUUUUUUAAUUAAACUCAAGGAAUUUUAUUUAGGAGUAAGUCUUUUUUUUUUUUUUUUUU